AUGAACCAAGACGGACCUUUCGGACCCGUAGUAAACGGGACUCAGAUCGUAUUCUUCGAGUACCUACCCAACAAGCCUGCCGCAAUCUCCUUCGUUGUCCUCUUCGGUAUUACUACAUUAGCUCAUUUGAUCUUCAUCUUCAUCUAUCGAGCGUGGUUCUUUAUCCCCUUCAUUCUGGGAGGCAUAUGCGAGAUCUUUGGAUAUUUCGGCCGAGCCCAAGCCCACGAUGACCCUGAAGAAGCGGGUCCUUUCAUUCUACAAAACGUCCUCCUCCUUGCUGGAACACCCUUCCUCGCUGCGACAAUUUACAUGAGCCUUCGACGAGUUGCUGCGGCACUAGACUCUGAGCACCUCUCGUUCCUUAGUCUCCGCUGGUUAACAAAACUAUACGUCCUCAUAGACAUUGGCUGCAUCGUCAGUCAGUUCAUCGGUGCUAUCAUACCUGCUUCGGGAGACGCCGAUGCUAUUGUCAAGGGCCGCAUCAUCCUCAUCGCAGGCUUGGUCGUGCAACUGUGCGCUCUAAGCGUCUUCAUCAUCACAUCGUUAUAUCUUUAUCUCCGAGUCAGAAAAGAGGCAGGCCCUUUCUUGGACUCUUCUUUUGUCCGAUGGAGACGGUACUUCAGAACGAUCGAGGCCGUCACUGUUGUCAUGAUCAUACGAAGCAUUGUUCGAGCAGUAGAAUAUUUGCAGGGACAAGGAGGCUUUGUCAUUUCUCACGAAGUAUUCAUUUACUUGUUUGAUGCUUUGCCUAUGUUUCUGGUCAUGUUGUUCUUCCUGGUUGUGCACCCAGGUCGCUUGGUUAAAGAAAGAAUGGAUCCAAAAAGGAAGCAGCGACAAAGUGAGCAUGUUCGAUUGACAGAGUAUUCGACAAGGCUAGAGUAA